UGCCUCGGAUGGUUUUACAAUGCCGACCAUUUCUCAAGGCACAUUUCGCUGCGGCUGGGUUGGAGAGACACGGUCCGAAUGUGCGUAAAAUAAACCUUCGAGUGUAGACAGAUACUCUCACCUUCAGUGAGACAAAAAGAGAUAACCGCGAGGGGAAACAGAGAUAGUGAUCAUCACAUUAUUCCUACUCACCCGUGGAAUUAACCUGAAAAGCUUCGUGACAACAGCCUUGAUUUCUCAGGAGGAUCACUCUCAUUAAACACAUCUAAGCCAAAAGAAACCUGAUAUAACUUGGAUGAUGGAGUCUUCUCAGUCAGAGAUGAACAUAUUAUCCAAUGGGAAAAGUCACAACCUCGUGGAUGAUGUGGGUAUGCCAAUGAAGACGAUGCUAGAAGAGGAUCAAAAUGGCACUCAAACAGUCAGAUUUGAUGAUCCUGAGGGAGGACUGGAAAAUGAGGGAUUUUUGCCAAGUGCAGAUGGAAAGAAACCUAUUCGUUUCACAGAUUUUGAAGGAAAGACCUCUUUUGGCAUGUCAGUCUUCAACUUGGGCAAUGCUAUUAUGGGCAGUGGAAUCCUGGGACUGGCCUAUGCCAUGGCCAACACUGGCAUCCUCCUCUUCUUAUUUCUUCUGACUGCAGUUGCAGCCUUGUCAUCGUACUCCAUUCAUCUGCUGCUCAAAUCCUCUGGAAUUGUGGGGAUUCGAGCUUAUGAACAGCUGGGGAACAGGGCAUUUGGCACUCCUGGAAAAAUGGCCGCUGGUAUCGCAAUCACCCUGCAGAAUAUUGGAGCUAUGUCCAGCUACCUGUACAUUGUUAAAUCUGAGUUACCUCUGGUCAUCCAAGCCUUCCUGAAGGCAGACCCCAACUCUGAUCUGUGGUACUUGAAUGGAAACUACCUGGUCAUCAUGGUUUCUGCCAGCGUCAUCCUGCCUCUGGCUUUAAUGAAACAACUUGGUUACCUCGGUUACACGAGUGGAUUUUCUCUCAGCUGCAUGGUGUUCUUUCUCACCGCGGUUAUCUAUAAGAAGUUUCAAAUUCCCUGCCCCUUUGAGGAGUUCUCACACAAUAGCACUGCUGCCCACCACAGUCUCAAUGUCUCCAGCCACGCUCUGAUUCACGAGGACUCCCACGAUGACUCCCACUGUACGCCACGCAUGUUCACCAUGAACUCCCAGACAGCCUACACCAUCCCCAUCUUGGCUUUCGCUUUUGUUUGCCACCCUGAGGUUCUGCCCAUCUACACUGAGCUACGCAAUCCAACACAGAAGAAGAUGCAGAAGGUAUCUAACCUCUCCAUCCUCGUCAUGUACACCAUGUACUUUCUGGCGGCUCUCUUUGGGUACCUGACCUUUUAUGACAAUGUGGAGCCUGAACUGCUGCACACUUACAGCCGCAUUGAUCCUUAUGACACUUUGAUCCUGUGUGUGCGAGUCGCCGUCCUCACUGCUGUGACACUGACCGUCCCGAUUGUGUUGUUCCCUGUGCGUAGAGCCAUCCAGCAGAUGAUCUUCCCCACCAAGUCUUUCAACUGGUUGCGUCACAUUAGCAUCGCUCUCGUUCUGCUCACCUUCAUCAACAUGUUGGUGAUCUUUGCUCCGAACAUUCUGGGCAUCUUUGGAAUCAUUGGUGCCACGUCGGCUCCCUGCCUUAUUUUCAUCUUCCCCGCUGUCUUCUACAUCCGCAUUGUUCCCAAAGAGGAUGAACCCAUGACCUCCACUCCUAAGAUUCUGGCCGCCUGUUUUGCUGCUUUGGGCGUCUCCUUCAUGGUAAUGAGUCUGAGCUUCAUAAUUAUCGACUGGACAACAGGGGGCGGCCUUGCUGCAGGAGCCCACUAGAUACUGCCUCAGUGUGUGAGGUCUUGGGAAAGGGGUAUAUAAAAUGGUCAGGGUAAAGGGAGCACUAUCACCUCAGCGGAGACACACUGCAGGGCUGCCCAGCACAGAGCACAGGGUUUAUAACAGCACACAAUAUUCAGUAUAUUACAUGGGCAGGAAUCACCCUUUUAUUGAUCAAAUAGAUUAACUUUUUGACUGUAACUUAACACACAUAUCUGAACAAAAUACUUUUAUGUCAUUUUAUAAUUUAAUUUAACGCAGAGCAAAGAAAAUGCAAUUUGUUUGAAUAAUUAGGAAUGAACAGGGUCUGUUUUUCAUCACCAUCUGUGACUCAGUCCACCUGUGAUGAUGAAUUGGUCCUUUCCUGUCGCUUCCUCUUUAUUUACACACAAACAACUGCAGCUGGUACUGUACAGAAAAAUAAUGAAUGAUUGUCUUUUUAGCUAAAGACAGGAGGUAAUUAAGAUGCAGUAUGCAAGAGAAAUAGCAAAAUGAUGUUAAAAUUAUUUUUACACAAUAAUAAUUAUCCAUGAGACGCACAGAAGAGGACAGUCAGAUGAUCUCAUCCUGAACCAGCAGCAAACUUUAACCAUUAUGUAUCUUAAGACAAAGAAGUGCUUUAAAGCUGCAGAGCGCAGCUGACAUUUUAUGUGUUGGUAAUUUUUUUUUGUUCCAUAUGCAUAACUCAGCAAACUUUCUUCACAAACCCCAGUGCCUUUUAGCAUUCGGAACAGCAUGCAAAAUAAACAAUAAAAACAGGUUUGUAUAUUUAUUUAGCUAGCUACUUUUUCUUUGUUUUUAAUUUUAAAUGGAUUAUAUUUAACUACUGUACAUGACAAAGUUAAUAAUCCCUAUACAUUGUGUAUGAUUUCAGUUUUGUUUUAGCUUAAAGUUUGAGUUAGUUUGAUAAAAUGCAAAGUGCUUGAUUAAAAGAUUUAAUACCUCCCUUUAUAAAACAUUUAGCACAUAUAUACCCAACUGUGACCUUGAAUUUAAACCAAGUACAGCUCGAGUUUACCUAAACAGUUCAUACGAGCUUAUUAACCUUUAAAAUUCUUGAUUCGCCCAUUAAAGGUUUCGGAAAGAACAUUGUCACACUGUAUAAUAAAUAUCAGAACACUUCAUUGAAGCCUACGAUGCUUACAUUGAGUGAAAAUUUAAAUUCUAGGUACCAAAUUUUUCAUGGCUGCUCUUAAAGGAAUAGACACUUUAUGAAAUACACUUAUUUAGUCAAAAUAUUAGCACACUUCCGCCUGUACACUAAAUAUAAAGCUACAGCUAUGAGACUGCUAGCCCAAAGCUUAGCGUAAAGACUGGAAACAGGGGUAAGAAGCAGGCCAGACUUAGUCCAAAGAUUAAAAAUACAUCUACAUGCACGUCUAAAGCUCACCAAGCAAGUUAUUAUACACAGUCUCUAGUGUUUUUACUGAGCUGAGCUAGCUAAUAGCUAGCUCUAGAUUUGUUCAUCAUCCAACUGCUUUUCAAAAUUAGCAAGAAUUUAAAGGAUGGGUUCAUCUAAAUUUCAAAUAUAUUAUACACAUUCUCCACUAACUACUAGUAAAUGGCCAUGGAAGAAGGUUUAGUUGUACUUGGCCUUGAGAUACUUUCUUUUGGACAAGUAUGUUGACAAAAUGUUUAAAUUAAAUAAAGCUACAUUUGAAUAAUGGUGAUCCCACCUUUUCGAUCAAACUCCGGUUUGAAUAAAGCACCGGCCUGCAACAGAAUUUUUAUUAGAUGAGCCUGCUGGUGGGCUGGCGGAUUUAAAUUCAAUACUUUAAUGAUUGUGAUUCUGAUACACUGUCUUUGCUUUACUGGUCUGUAGUACUUUGAUCAGCCUUGUUGACUAUUUAGACCUGAGGUUAAUAUUUUGCAUGAUGUUUUCGUCCAGUCUGUCCUGUAGUUGCUAUAGUGAAUCGCACAGUAACAGAAAACUUCCUUCCAGCACUGUCAUGUAUAGAUGUUAUUGUAAUACUGUGGAUUUGGCAUCUUAUAGUGAAGUGUUUUAUUGUCCUAAUCUGUGCUACUGUUGGUGUUAUGAAGCCCUUCUUAAAAGAUGUGACAAGAAGUAAUGUUCCAGACUUUACUGUUCUCAUGUUCAGUCUGUGAAGACACAUUUAGCUCAAUUCAAAUAUGUGGAUGAUUACUUCUAACAUUUUUGUUUCCUCAGAAUGGUUUUAAAACCCACACUAUCACAGAUACACUGCAUAUGAGUACACUUUCUACUGGUUACUGUAACAUUUUAAUACAUAGAAAUAUAGAUCAAAUAUUUACAGCUUUUUAAACAAUGUAAUAUUUUAUCUUGGAUAAAAAGAGAAAAUGUGAUGACAAAUACUUGCUACUUGUACCCAAAGAUGGUUUUAUGUUGUAUCACAGCUCUCAGGCUUUAGAGAAGUCAACUGCAAAUCCUCACUUAUCUCAUUUUUUUUUUUUAUUUAUAUAAUACUUUAUUUUAUGUUUGUUUAGCAGUCCUGACUCCUGAUGGUGUUUUUACAGACAUAUUAUGAGCAACAGCAGAAGAAGUAUUUAGUCCAAACAUCGUACUCCAUCCCAUGCUUUUCCACAUGUAUUUGCCAUGGUUGUUGUGGUGUAAAUGAAGGGUUAGUUCUGCCAUGGUUAGUAGAAACAGCUUUUCUUCACUUUAAGGGAUCAUGCCAAAAUAACAACUGACUACCUACUGCUUUGAAAUGCCUUUAGAUUUUAAACAGGUAACACAGUUUUAUUAUCAGAAAUAUUAUAUGAAAUAGGAAUCUGUCAUGUACGUAAACAAAUCUAUGUGAUAUUUUAUUAUAGCUGUUGUUUAAGAUGUUAAUCUAUGGAAAUAACAUGACUAUAAUUGAAUUACAAGGUUGAUGGAUUUUAGUGAAUUAAAUAAGACGUUAUAUAAAUAAUGUAUAUAAAUGUAAACCUUUUAUAUUUGUGAUGCAUAUUUACAGUAGCUUGUAAAGUGUAAAUAGCAGGGACAGUUUUAGUUUGGCAAUAAAAUAAUUGUAGAUGUU